AUGGCUGAAGCCCAUAGUGCUGUUGCACUCUCAUUCACCGUCACUCACGAUGGAGUCUCUGUCAGCUAUGAUCAGGAGCUUCUCCGUGACCUUUGGCAUUCCUUCCAGCGAGGAUACAAAAGAAGAAUUGGUCGAUUCAAGAAUAACUUCAUGGCUGGCAUGUUUCCCGCUAAUCACGUCACAAUUUCCAUUGUCAUCGGAGCCAUCUCACUGUUUUCCAUGUUUCGUCGCGAUUUGUCUUUCGGCAUAUUACCUUUUAUCGAAUACUAUAUUCUUUCCUUUUUGUUCGGUGAUGGAUAUCUCGCAUUCUUCAUUUCACUUUUGAUUUCUGGAGCCUUUAUUUGGUUCGUGCUCGUACAACUGUUACGGUUGAGCAUCAAACUGCUGCUGUCUUAUAAGGGCUGGAUGUACGAAACACCUGGGAAGCCGAUUUCGAAGCCGACCAAAUUAUGGCUGGGCAUUUUGAAACUCAUGUCAAUGUCUGGACCAAUGCUUCACUCAUACCAAGGAGCUCUACCACAUCUGCCUCUUCCAUCGCUGGAAGAAACCUUGGAAAGGCAUCUGCUUUCAAUGAAACCAAUUCUGAAUGACGAGGAGUUUGCAGAGCUGGAACAUCUUACGGAAGUCUUCCGUAAGGGUGUCGGACGUCGCUUGCAAAGAUACCUCACGCUCAAAUCUUGGCUCAGCACUAAUUAUGUUACCGAUUGGUGGGAGGAGUUUGUGUACUUGCGUCAGCGUAGUCCCAUUAUGAUCAACAGCAACUAUUACGGAUUUGACACGCUCUACGAGCAUCCUACAACGAAUCAGGGUGCGCGCGCUGCGAAUGUCACUUAUUGUGCCUUGCAGUUCCGGCGACAGGUUGAGAGACAGGAAAUUUCUCCGUUCUCAAUAUCUCCACAGGCCAAAGUCCCUUUCUGCACAAUGCAAUAUGAACGUUUAUUCAACAGCUGUCGAGUUCCUGGCGAAGAGGGCAUUUUGAAACUCAUGUCAAUGUCUGGACCAAUGCUUCACUCAUACCAAGGAGCUCUACCACAUCUGCCUCUUCCAUCGCUGGAAGAAACCUUGGAAAGGCAUCUGCUUUCAAUGAAACCAAUUCUGAAUGACGAGGAGUUUGCAGAGCUGGAACAUCUUACGGAAGUCUUCCGUAAGGGUGUCGGACGUCGCUUGCAAAGAUACCUCACGCUCAAAUCUUGGCUCAGCACUAAUUAUGUUACCGAUUGGUGGGAGGAGUUUGUGUACUUGCGUCAGCGUAGUCCCAUUAUGAUCAACAGCAACUAUUACGGAUUUGACACACUAUACGAGCAUCCUACAACGAAUCAGGGUGCGCGCGCUGCGAAUGUCACUUAUUGUGCCUUGCAGUUCCGGCGACAGGUUGAGAGACAGGAAAUUUCUCCGGUAAGAACUGAAACACUUUCCGUUAUUUUCCCGAGAACGGUGAUCUCUGCUCAGUUGAUUUUUUUCUAA